UCGAAGUCAACUUUGUGUGUUUAGCUAUUGCAUGUACUUUUAACUUGGCGGCGUAUUUAUCAUUUAUGUUGUGUUCACGUUUUGAAACAAAAUGCCGCCUCCGAAACAGCGAAAGAUCGCUCUAAUGGGGUUUAGAUCAGUCGGGAAAUCUUCUCUCACAAUACAGUUUGUAGAUGGACAAUUCGUCGACUCAUAUGAUCCAACAAUCGAAAACACGUUUUCGAAGGACGUCAAGAGUAAAGGACAGCUCUACGAAUGCAAAGUUGUCGACACCGCAGGGCAGGAUGAAUACUCGAUCAUUCCACAGUCGUAUGUAAUGGACAUCCAUGGCUAUAUACUUGUUUACGCCAUUACCUCCAACAAGAGCUUCGAGGUUGUGAAGGUUAUACAUGACAAGCUGCUCGACAUGACGGGAAAAGUCAACCUACCUGUUGUGUUGGUUGGAAACAAGACAGAUUUGCACCUGGAACGACGCGUUAGCACAGAUGAUGGAAAGAAACUGGCAGAUUCGUGGAAGGCAAUGUUUCUAGAAACAUCUGCUAAAGAGAACGAGAGCGUCACUGACAUGUUCGAGUGCAUCCUGCAAGAGAUCGAGAAGUCUGAAGGCAACGUCCCAGAGAAAUCUGGCUGCGUGAUAUCAUAGUGAAAACUAGUUUGAUCGGCCAUGACAGCUAAGUUCUGUCCUUAUCGUAACUUGUGUAUCAGACGGCGAAUAUUGCCGUCAUAUUGUAGAUCCGAUGUAUAUGUAUUUGGUGAUGACAUUCUGUCAUUCUUCAGGUCUGGUGGUGGCAUUUAAGGGGCAGUGGACCGUGUUGAGUUGAUGUAUGCUGUAGUGCAGCAACAUACAGUGUGCAUCAGUUCAUAUCAAAGGGACUGUUGGCACUAUUGCCAUUUAUUGGCAUGUGCUAAGUAUGGUAGUCAUUUAUCAAAAUAAUAGAGGGUGGGAAAAUAAUUACGAUACCCCCUUUGAGAUUGUUGAUGGUGAUAUUGAGCAUGCAGUGGGCAGCCGUGAUUUACAAGGUGAAUAUAGUGAUUGAAGCAUCUCUGCGCUACCUGAUCCCCAUAUGAUUGUACCUGCAGGCAUGCAUGUUAAUGCUACCACACGUAUCUAUGCUUAGCUAAGCCGACUAGCUUGUAUGUCUUGCUGCGUGCUAUCCUUAUAGCCGUAAUACGUAACUUCUCUUGUGCACAUCUUGUACUUUAAAUGAAGCAUGGAUAGUUUUUGUAUAAUGGUGUUAUAAUACCCAUGUUCUCAGUACAUACACGUUUUGGGUGCAAGUACACUUUACACAAGUUAAUUUUCUGUUUAUCUAUGAUAAUAUUAUUCGCUUAGUUAACUUCACUACGAUUGCUUUAGGAAUCUUCCACGUGUAGAUCAGAUCAAAUUUAUGUGUCGUUUUACUCUUUUUUAGGAAAUGUUUAGGUUUGCAUUGAAUUCAAAGCUAUCAAUGAUGGAGGUCCAGGGCAUACCCAUAACCUUGAUUACAUUUACAACUAGCUCGUCAGCUAAUGAAUUCUCAUUGGACUCGCUCCCCCCCCCC